AUGGGAACUUGUGUGUGCGAGGAUGGAUACGGUGGUGGUGACUGUGGAAUAGAUCUGUCGAUCCCACCAAUAAUCAACGGCGUUGUGGACAGCGGACUGUGUGACGUAGAUCUGAUUAAUUGUACAUCAGCUGUUAUAGAGGGAGAUGGGUUCACAAAUGAAGGAAGUCCCACUUAUAUUGUUGUUCAGUCUGGGUUUUGUUUUAUCGAUGGUUCUGCUUAUGAUAAUGGGACUAAAUCACAAACUAGUAAUUGCCGGGUGUGUUACUCCAAUGUUACAGCCUAUGAUUGGUCUGAAAGUUUUGAAGCAGAGUGCAGAGUGCAGUUCAACCCAUCAGCAGAAAGCCAAUCAUCGUCUUUAGGGUCGGCAACCGUCGCAGGGAUUGUAAUAGGUGUUGUGGUUCUAUUUAUUGCACUGGCGGGCAUCGCGGCUUUGGCAUACGUUAAAAACAGACCAAAACGUUUUAAUUCGCGAGUAAGAAUGGAUGGACUGGGAAGUGAAACAACAAUAACAGAAACUGUUAAACAGUAAACAAAUAUGAAUUGUAGAGUAUUCGGUGGAUAUAACUUUGACUACCUUUAUAUUCAAUCUUUUAAAAAUAUAGAUAAUUGUUAUUAAUCAUUAAUUAUUUCAAGCUGGUGAUUUUUUUUCUCACAAUGUGCAUUAACUUUUUCUUAGA